GUUCCCAAGGAGAAAGCAGAAACCGGAAAAGAGAUAAUCCUUCCUUCCUUCCUUAUCCAUCCACAUUCCUGCAGGUUUAGCUGCAGCUCUCCCACCAAUAAUCAUGGCUGCUUCCACAAGCCAUCUGUGCUCUAUUCUUUCUUUGAAUUCAUCUCUUCCCAGUGUUCUUUCAAGUCAAAGGUCUGCUGCUGCUUUCGUCUUUUUCAGCUGCAAGACUGAUCAGAGGAGGAGGAGGAGAAGUACUGGGAUAGUUGCAAGUGGGGCGGAUUUUCUGGGGGAUUUCGGGGCGAGGGACCCUUUUCCGGCUGAAGUUGAGAGCAAUUUUGCGGAGAAAGUACUGGGGAAUGUGAAUACUGAGCAUAAAAUCUUGAUCCCAACUGCAACUGCUCUGUCUUUAGCCCAGCAAGAUUGUACUCCCAUCUCACCUAAUGAGCAGCCCAUUUCUGAAGAUGAAGCCAAGAAGCUCUUGCUCAAGGUUGUUGGAUGGAGAUUGAUAAAUGGAGAAGAGGGGCUACGGCUGCAAUGCAUAUGGAAGUUGAGAGAUUUCCAAUGUGGGAUUGAACUGAUCAACAGGAUAUACAAGGCUAUUGGUGCUACAGGGCACUUCCCUAGUCUUCACCUUGAGGAGUCCAAUCAACUAAGAGCUGAACUAUGGACUUCUUCAAUUGGAGGUCUGAGCAUGAACGAUUUCAUUGUAGCUGCUAAAAUAGAUCAGGUUAAAUCGUCAGAUCUCAUUCCCAGAAAGAGAGUUUGGGCAUAAAUGGAAAAACUGGUUCAUCUAAGGUGCAAACCAAAUUUUUUUGCUUUACCGGGUCCUGAUGGGAACUAGAACUGAAGAUUCAUAGCUUUUUGCUCAAAUGGCUGGAUGCUGUACUUCUGAUGUUGACAGUAUUCUUUUUGAAUAUUAGACAUAGCUAUGAUUUGUUUGUUCGGUGUAUUCUUGGUUCCUUUAGAAAUAUUGUUUAUGGUUUGAAUGUUUUUCACUCAGUUAUGAUGGAGACCGCUUCUGCUUAAAUUUUUGAAUAUCAUUCAUUUAUUUCAAUGUCA